GGGUCAGUCUUGUCUGAAAUCAUGGAAAACUGGAAUACCACCUCAGAUUUCAUUCUCCUAGGACUCUUUAAUCACACAGGAGCCCACCAAUUUCUCUUUGUGUUGGUUCUGAUAACUGCCUUCACCUCUCUUGUGGGCAAUGCCCUCAUGCUUCUCCUGAUUCUCCUGGACUCUGGGCUCCACAGGCCCAUGUACUUCCUACUGAGCCAACUCUCCCUCAUGGACAUGAUACUGGUUAUCACUAUCGUGCCUAAAAUGGCUGCUGACUAUUUGACCGGCAGGACGCUCAUCUCCCCAGUUGGCUGUGGGUUUCAGAUCUUCUUCUUCCUCACUUUGGAAGGGGGUGAGUGCUUCCUCUUAGCAGCCAUGUCCUAUGACCGCUAUGUCGCUAUUUGCCAUCCACUGAGAUACCCAGUCCUCAUGAGCUGGCAAUUAUGCUUAAGAAUGACUUUGGGAUCGUGGUUCCUUGGCGCAGCUGAUGGGCUCAUGCAGGCUGCUGCUACCCUGAACUUCUCAUUUUGCAGGACACAUGAGAUCGAUCAUUUUUUUUGUGAGGCCCCGUCUCUGGUGCAUUUGGCUUGUGCUGACACUUCUGUCUUUGAGUAUGCUAUGUAUGUGUGCUGCGUGUUAAUGCUCCUAGUCCCCAUUUCCCUCAUCUUGAUUUCCUAUAGUCUCAUCCUUGCCGCUGUUCUCCAGAUGUGUUCUAAUGAAGCCCGCAAGAAGGGUUUUGCCACUUGCUCCUCACAUAUUUCCGUGGUGGGACUGUUUUUUGGAGCAGCCAUUUUUACCUACAUGAGACCCAAAUCCUUUAGGUCAGCUAACCAUGAUAAGGUUGUGUCAGCAUUUUAUACUAUCUUCACCCCUGUGUUGAACCCCCUCAUCUAUAGUCUGAGGAACAGUGAGGUCAAGGGAGCUCUGCGAAAGUGUAUGGAUCAGUGUGCUGCCUUAAGUCAUGAUUAG